AUGUCUAUAGAUGAUGAUAUGAACGAUCUCUCGGCAUUUCAAGGCAACGCGACUGAAGAUGGGAACAUGAGGCUUGAUUUUGAAUUGGAUCCUACUGUGAAUGGCCUGGAUCCUUCUAUGACAAGUACAACUGAUGGUCAAGAUCCCACGCUCAUAUCUACCAACACCCGGAAACCAAGGGUAAAGCUUACUGCCGAGAAGUUAUUGUCCACUAAGGGUCUGCCGUAUGUCAUGGAACAUGCUCCGAAAAGUUGUAGAAUCAGCAAGCACAAGACAGCUUACGAUAACUUAACAAACUUCUUACAAUUCUAUCAGCUAUGGGCUCAUAAUUUGUAUCCGAAGGCAAAGUUCAAAGAUUUCACCUCAUUAUGUGAAUCAUUGGGGAAAACUGACAAAGAGCUAAGAGAGUAUAGAAUGAAUUUAGUUAGGAAAGACAUGGGUAUCCUCCUCGGAGAUGACAUUCCCAACGUACCUGAUAUGCAAAUGCACGACACAGGCGUACUACCUGCUCAUCAGGGACGAAAUAGCUUAUUUGUAACGGAUGAAUCUACCUCAGCGACUGACCGCGGAAAUGCACAGUAUGGUUAUGAAGCCACCAAAAUUAUCAGCCUAGACAAAGACAAAAAUCAGAAUAAUGACGGCAACUAUGACGAUGAUGAUGAUGAUGAUGAUGAUGAUGAUGUUCUAUAUUCUUCGCAUCACCAGCGGCACACGAAUGAAAUGUUGUCCACCACUGAUACAAACAUACGGCAACAUACACAAAAUGGCUACGCUCUGCCUAACGCUGAAGAGUUAGACGAAUUGAGUAAAAUUACGACCGUUGCCAGCACAACAAAUAACGGUAAUGAUAUCGCAUCAGAUGAGGAAAUGGCAAUGAUGAGAGACAUGGAUACCUUUUGA